CUUCCGGUCUGCGCGUGCGCACGGGCAUUUACACGAAUCCACGUCGAAGAAGAAAGUUGGCAUUUCUGAUAAAAACAUGCCUCUUCGUCUGGACAUAAAACGCAAAGUCUCAGCUCGUUCUGAUCGGGUCAAAUGCUCCGAUCUUCAUCCAACGGAGCCAUGGAUGUUAGUCAGCCUUUAUAAUGGACAUGUCCACAUUUGGAACCAUGAAACACAGACCCUCAUCAAAACCUUCGAAGUUUGCGAUCUUCCUGUCAGGGCAGCCAAAUUCGUUGCCAGAAAGAAUUGGAUUGUUACAGGAAGUGAUGACAUGACUCUAAGAGUUUAUAAUUACAACACAUUGGAAGCAAUUCAACAAGUGGACGCUCAUUCUGAUUAUCUUAGAUCAAUAGCUGUUCACCCAACUCAAUCGUAUGUUUUAACUUCAAGUGAUGAUAUGUUAAUAAAAUUGUGGGAUUGGGAUAAAAAAUGGACUUGUACUCAAGUUUUUGAAGGCCAUACACAUUAUGUCAUGCAAAUAGUCAUCAAUCCAAAGGAUAAUAAUACUUUUGCUUCGGCAUCAUUAGAUAGAACAUUAAAAGUUUGGCAACUAGGAUCUUCAACACCCAACUUUACAUUAGAGGGCCAUGAAAAAGGUGUAAACUGCGUCGACUACUACCACGGUGGUGACAAGCCAUAUAUCAUUUCUGGAGCUGACGAUCGACAGGUUAAAAUAUGGGAUUAUCAAAAUAAAACAUGCGUUCAGACUUUAGAAGGUCAUGCUCAGAACAUAUCAGCAGUUGUUUUUCACCCUGAACUCCCAGUGAUAAUGACAGGAAGCGAAGAUGGAACUGUUAGAGUUUGGCACGCUAAUACCUAUAGGCUGGAAUCGACACUAAACUACGCAAUGGAGCGAGUUUGGACGAUGGCUUGUCAAAGGGGAUCUAAUGCAGUUGUUAUCGGUUAUGAUGAAGGUUCAAUAAUGAUUAAAUUAGGACGUGAAGAACCAGCAAUGAGCAUGGAUGCAAACGGUAAAAUCAUCUGGGCGAAACAUGCUGAAAUUCAACAAGCUAACAUUAAGAGUGUCCAAGGAAGUGACAUGAAAGAUGGAGAACGCAUUCCCUUAACCAUAAAAGAUAUGGGACCAAGCGAAAUCUAUCCCCAAACUAUCGCUCACAAUCCAAAUGGCAGAUUUGUUGUUGUAUGUGGUGAUGGAGAAUAUAUAGUUUAUACUGCAAUGGCUUUACGUAAUAAAACUUUUGGACAAGCUUUGGAUUUCGUAUGGUCAAAUGAUUCCACUGUUUAUGCUAUUAGAGAAAGUUCCAGUAUGGUAAAAAUUUUUAAAAACUUUAAAGAAACGAAAAACUUCAAACCUGAUUUUGGAGCUGAAGCAAUAUUUGGAGGUCAAUUAUUAGGAGUUAAAACCGUCUCCAGCCUUUCGUUCUACGAUUGGGAUUCCACUAAUUUGGUAAGAAGAAUCGAAAUCAUGCCAAAACAUGUAAUCUGGAAUGAAGGCGGCGAAUUAGUCUGUAUUGCAACUGAAGAAAGCUUUUAUAUUUUGAAAUUCUGCACUGAAGCACUAGAGAAUGGCGCAGAGCCAACGGAUGAUGGAGUUGAAGAAGCUUUCCAGUUAAUUGGAGAAGUUGACGAAGUUGUUAAAACUGGCUGUUGGGUGGGCGAUUGCUUCAUUUACACUAACGCUGUUAAUCGAUUAAAUUAUUACGUUGGGGGAGAAAUUGUAACAGUGGCCCAUCUUGAUAGAGUUAUGUACUUAUUAGGAUAUUCACCAAGAGACAACAGAAUUUAUUUAGGAGACAAAGAAUUGAAUGUCAUUUCAUUCGGUAUAUUAUUAUCUGUGCUAGAGUAUCAAACAGCAGUUAUGCGUAAAGAUUUUGAUACGGCUGACAAAGUGCUACCAACCAUACCCAGAGAACAGAGGACGAGAGUAGCUCACUUUUUGGAAAAACAAGGAUUUAAACCCCAAGCUCUUGCAGUUACGUGUGAUCCAGAACAUAAAUUUGAUUUAGCUUUACAAUUAAAUGAAUUAAAAAUCGCCUAUGACCUCGCAUUAGAAUCUGACGCUAGACAAAAGUGGAUGCAAUUAGCUGAUUUGGCUGUUAAACAAUCUGAAUUUGGUUUAGCCCAAGAAUGCAUGCAUCAUGCUCAAGAUUUUGCUAGUCUUUUAAUGCUGGCAAGUAGCGCAGGCAACGUAGCAAUGGUUGACAGAGUAGCAGAAGCAAGUAGAGAGGCAAAACAGAACAAUAUUUCGUUUAUGGCAUAUUUUAUACGGGGAAAGUUGGAUGAAUGUUUAGAAAUUCUCAUUGAAUCACAACGUCUAACAGAAGCUGCUUUCUUUGCAAGAACAUAUUUACCAUCGAAAGUAUCAGACACUGUACAAAAAUGGAAGGAAUUUGCUGCCAGUCAAAGCAAAAAAGUUGCCCAAUCUCUGGCUGAUCCGGCUGAUUAUGAGAAUCUCUUCCCAGAGAUGAGCGAACAUUUGAAAACUGAAAAAUAUUUAAAAUUACAGUAUCAAACUAAAAUACCGGCUGCAGCUGCUCUUCAUAUUCCUCCUAAUUGGGAAAGAAAACCUGUUGAAGAAAUGAUGGAAAGUUUAAAUAGCGGCAAAAUCAGUCUUGAUACUUUAGAAACAAAGAAGCUCGAAGAACCGGAACCUGAACCACAGUCAGCAUGCGCACAAGAAAGCAAACCGGAGCCAGAAUCCGUUCCCGAACCUGAACCUAAACCUAUAGCCGUGUCUGAACCUCAAACUGCUCAACAAAGUAUCGAGGAACUAGAAAAGGAGCUUGAGUUAGAUAUGGGAGAUUUGGACUUGCAGGAUGAAAAUAUUGGUUCUGAGGUCAAUUGAAUUUCUUCACACAUUAAUAUUUAUUAAGAAUUUAGACUAAUACAUUCUGUAACUAAACUGUAAAUCUAUUGGUACAAGGUUACUUUUCUUAAGUAGAAUUUAACAUAAGUCCUAGUUGAAUAAUAUAACAUCAAAUUUUAUUUACAGGCUAUUACCGAUGAUAUGGAUGACUGGAAUUAGAAUUUUUGCUUAGUAUAUUAACUCUUCUUUGUUUGUACAUAAUUUAUAAUUAUUAUAAAGUUGAAUGAAUUCUAUUUGCGAAUAAUAAAUAUUUACAAAAAUUUUAUGAUG